AUGCGCCAGGCACUCCUACUGGCCAAGAAAGCAGAGACCAUUGAAGCAGCAGCGUUACUUCAAGAGGUGCUGCAACAGCAACCGAAAGAUGUGGGCGCCAGGUGGAAUCUGGGGCUUUUGCAAGUGCACGAAGGAGACUUGGAUGGUGCUCGAAAGACCCUGCAGAUGGCGAUUGAGACGACGAAAGAGUUGGGCUUGUCCCCACGGCGGCUAGCAAUGAUGUACGAGCCGGAGAUCUAUGCCGCUGAACUGAAGGAGGAGGCUGACAGCUUUCAGGCUUACGCCCCUGAGCUGUCACCUGCUUUGGCUGAGCUGCGCCGAUUGGUGUCAACGCCAUCUUGGCUGCUGAGCUGGGGAGUGGAGACCGUUCAGACCUUCGGUCCUGAUGUCACUUCUGCCUCGUAUGGUGAGACGUUUUUCCGAUCAUGGAAGGCAGUGAUGGACCAUCCAGAAAUGCAGGAACUUGUGCAGACUGACCAGCCGUCAGCAGUCAUCAUGGGAAGUGCUUUAGGCUACACCUGCCUCUUCUUUGCAGCAGCAGGGAUUCCAUCCACAGGCUACGACCUAUUGGAGGAAAGCAUGGUGAAGAUGGCGAGACGCUUUGUUGCGAAGGCUCCCUUGAGCGUCUCCGUGGAGUUCGAGGCGAAAGAUGCUUUAACUGCGCCAUUGACCUCAAGGUUUCAAUCGCCUUCGACUCCAAGCAUUCUUUGGUUGAAUGAUGAGGUCUGGCCAGCAGAGCUACGUGUUGCAGUUAAGGAACGGGCUGCGCUGGAGCUGGCAAAAAGGUCCUUGGUGGUCAGUUAUGGGCCACAAGAAUCGGCAUCGUUAAUCCCAGUAGCGACGCUGCGGGUCAGCACCUCCUGGUGUCGGAAUGAGCAGCUGUGGCCCAAUGAGAUGCUCACAGUCGCGCACGUUGAGGCCCAGCAGUCGCGAAGGCUCCUAAGAGCUUCAAAUCAUGCGCAGACUCUCCACCGAGCGCAGCUACACAGCCUGGCGAAGUCUUCGACGCUUUGCCUGUUGGAUCCUGAUGGCCAGCUGAUGGCUGUUUCAGUUGCCAAGCGUGUAUCUCAAGAGAUGGGAGAUCCAUGGGAAGGCCCUGGUUCCCGGGAGUCCCUCGUGGGAUAUCAGAUCCGCCUGGAGAAGAAGGUGGCAAGUUCUACCCGGCUCCUUUUCUGCACAGUUGGUGUCUUGUUGAAGCAGAUGCAGCAAGGCCUCGGAGCUUUAUCAAAAGUGACCCACAUCUUUAUCGAUGAAAUCCAUGAGCGCAGUGCUGAUUGCGAUUUGCUGCUUCUCCUGUUGCGGCAAAUCAGAAGUACUCGGCCGGAUCUGCGAUUGGUGCUGAUGAGUGCCACUAUGGAAACAGACAAGUUGGUGAGGUACUUUGGAAGUCCAGCUACUGUACCGGUCUUAUCCAUUCCUGGACGCACAUUUCCUGUACAGCAAUUCUGGUUGGAAGAUGUGAUUCAGAUGACUGGAUAUCGGUGGGAGGAAGACAGCGAAUUUGCGAAGAAAGGAUGGAAUCGCGGCUGGAGCACUGAAAAGAAGACAUUUCAGGUGGCAGACAAGGGAAAGACGAAGAACAUCACGGCAUUCAUCGAUGAGGAGGAAGAGUGGGGCCAAUGCCUUGGUUGCGACAGCGUUGGAUCAAAUUUGUCCAUCCAACUCGGCUAUGUCAUGGCAUGCGCCUGGUUUGCUCUGUAUUUCACUGUGAUGCUUUCCGUUGAGUAUAGCUUUGCGCAGACUGAUGCGGGUUGGAAUCCGCGUGGCACCGCUUUUGAAGUGCUAGAGGUUGUUGCAGGGAUGACAUCCUUGUGUAUCUUGAUAGUUUGGUUGUUGGCUGUGGCCAGCCGCUGCUGUGCCCCGUGCUGCUGCGGUAUGUACAUGGAAAAGGUUCCGCAGCCAUGCCCUUGUGGAGAAUGCUCCUUGCAGAACCCGCGUUUGUUGGAUUAUCCGUUGUUCGUUGCCUUCGGAGGUCAUGUAGUUUGCAAUCUCCUCCUUGAUGGGCCCCUGUUGCAUUUCUUUCCAUGGCAACCCCUGGAGGGUGUCCGCCGCAUCUCCAUUGUUCGCCUGGUGAAACUGCUGACAAUCGUGUGGAUUGUCCUUGCUCUAUUCGGCAUUUGUUUGGGUAUCCGCAAAUUUCAGCUCAUGCGAAGUGGUUCGAUAUUACAACCAAGCAUGCCACCGGCCAUGGUGGUUGGGCAACCAGUGUCAGCACCAUGCCACAGCUCUCAUAUCAAUGCUGCGCCAGGAGACCAUGGUGAGGCGCCUAAAACGAUGGCAGCCUUAUAG